AUGAAAUAAAAGCUAAAAAAUGCUCAAAGUGGGGCUCGAACCCACGACCUUUGGCUCAUAAGACCAAAGCUCUAACCAACUGAGCUAUCUGAGCUAUUUUUUCAAAGAAAUAAAAAUGCUCAAAGUGGGGCUCGAACCCACGACCUUUGGCUCAUAAGACCAAAGCUCUAACCAACUGAGCUAUCUGAGCUAUAUAUUUAGUUAAAGUGUAAAAGAAAAAAUGCUCAAAGUGGGGCUCGAACCCACGACCUUUGGCUCAUAAGACCAAAGCUCUAACCAACUGAGCUAUCUGAGCGUUUUGUAUGGGUUUAAAAUCUAAUUCAGUUGAUUUUAAUCGAAAAAUAGCUGUUUUUAACUCAAAUUCAAUAGAAAUACUAAAUAAAUUAUCUUGUUUGUUUUUCCAAACUAACAAAAAAGUAAAUAAAACUUUGA